CUCACGAUCAGGGCUCGACUCUCUUGGCAACGACAACGCCCCAAAAUUGUUCCCUACUCGCCUAGAUCGCCAUGACUCCCAGCCACGACAAAAGCCUACCGCCCGAACUGAGCUGGGACCCUACUAUUUCAUCGCAAGCCCAGGCGAAUGACUGCCUCCAGCGAACCAAAUGGGAGGCUCUACGCAACAUUGCCUCCAGCGCUAACAGAGAUGACCCGUGCAAGUUGUUUUAUCCCUACACAGUUGGCGGCAGCUUUCUUGUGCGUUUGCUUGAGUUCCAAGACGGAACCCGCUGGGUCGCCCGUGUUCAACUUCGAAAGUCGACCCCAGAGACCUCUCAGAAAUUACUCAUCGACAUAGACACUACGAUUCUGCUCAAGACGAAAACCAAGGCUCCAGUUCCUCAGAUCUUCGCAUUCGAACUUGACGACGAAAAUCCAACGGGGUCUGCUUUUGUUCUGCUCGAGUACCUGCCUGGCAACAACGCCGCAGAUGAAGCUAGUAACUAUGAGAAGACCGAUUGGGCCCUUAUACCACUUCAGCAUCGCCCUACAUUUUAUCGCACUAUGGCGGCUGCUCACGUUCAAAUUGCGUCAGCCCGUCUCCCACAGAUUGGUACUGUUAUUCGCAAAACAGAUGGCAGCUUCACCGUGGGUCCAAUCCCGGGCAUCGGGGGACCAUUUGACACAGCGGCAUCCUUCAUCCAACAGUGGGCUACUAGGAUCAAAUUUCCCUACGACGAAAGCUAUCUCCGGAGGGCUCUCCCUGACUCAGUCAUCGACGAAAUCCUGGAGGGAAACAGCCAAUUCCCAUCCCGGCUUGCUAAGUUGGCUAGUGACGGCAAGCUCUUCACGCGUGAAGGACCCUUCCCAAUCCGCCACAAUGAUCUCUUUCACAGCAACGUAAUCGUCACGAAGGCCUAUGACGUCCUGGGUGUCAUCGACUGGGAAAACGCAUACACGGUACCAUGGGAACUGGUUGACGCUCCUUGGUUCUUGAGCACGGUACCUCGCCUCUUGAAUAGGCCAGAUCAAUAUGAUGGCAAAGGCCAGCCGCUGGACAAGGAUGAGGCCGGGCAGUGGGAGGACGAAAAGGCCUAUGCUGAAAUGGUGCGGGAGGCCGAGGUCGAUGCUCGCACAGACCAUAACCUCUCCCAGAUCCUCGCCGAUGAAGAUUCUAGAACCAUGGCUGCCGUCAUUCGCCUAUUCUCUCAGGGUAAGAUGGGCUUAUACGGACGAGUUCUGGAUUAUUUUGAAGCCAAUUAAGGUAUUAUCGCUACAUGGUGCAGCAUUUUUAU